AUGGACGAAAACGAUUUUUCAGAAGAUACAACUUAUAAGCAACAGGAAGAUUUACCUUAUGAUGGUGAUCUCUCCCAAAUGAACAUAUGCAAUGAUUACAAUUUUACCGGAAAUACUAACACCCUCGAUGUUAUUCCAAUAGGAGAUGACCCCAAAGUAAAGGCUGCCCAUGUUGAAACAUACAGAAAUACAGCCAUGGCCAUGACGUGGGAUAAAGUUACUGAAAAUGCUACCAAUAAAAAGUGUGAUAAAGAGAAUCAACGCACCAUGACUCUUCAUGUUCAAGCUACUAAAGGAGCUGCUUCAAAGUCAAACGUUUCUGAUAUUUUACUCCAUCAUCUUUCUAAAGAGCAAUUACUAAGAGUUCAAGGUAUUAACUUUGAAACUCUCCCAGAGGCACGUAAUGGUGACUGUUUUGAUGAAACAGCUUUUAUUAAAAAUAUUAUUUCACAUUAUGUUAAGAAUUCUUUCCCAAAAGCACAAACCUCAGAAUUCAUUGACCAACUCAACCCCAAAAGAGAUGUCAAAAAAAGCAGUAAGCCCACCGGUUCUCCUAUCAUGACAAAAGAAAAUAUCUGUGAUUUAGAAAAGCCAGUUGUGACUGCAAAUAGCAACCAUCACGAAAAUUUAAAUUUUCUAACUAAAAUCAAGGGUCCACAGGAUGAACAAAAAAGUUGCCAACGGCAGACACCCCAGAAACAGUUGACAGAAAAAGCAACUUCAAGCAAUGACUUCAAAUAUGGAAAAGGUCAAGUUCAUUGCCAGCUGCCAGAUUUCUCUAAAGUUGCUCUCAAAAUGAAAAUCCCUAAAAAUCACAUAAUGAAUAAGUCACUUACAAUGACUAAGCCAGCCAGUUUUUCUCCUAAAUUGAGAAACAAAUCAGCAAUCAUGCAAGAUAUUUUAGAAACCAUGUUUAGGUCAAAGUAUGUUGAAAAACAACAUCCGGAGCAGAAAAGGGAAAGUACAAAACCUUCACAACAAAUGCAGAUGGAGCCUACAGUACACAAACAUCAAGACUUUCUUACAGAAAUAAAAACUGAGACACAUUUGUUGAAGUUGUCAUCCGCCUCUCAGAAAGAGGCCUUCUCAAGUACUUACAUAUUUCAAAAGCUAUCCCAAGGCAAGCAGAUGUGUCAAAAGUUAAAAGAACAGACUGAUCAACUGAAGACUAAGGUACAAGAAUUUUCCAAAAAAAUAAAACAAGACUCUUUCUGCCAUUUGAAAGAAAAAAGAAUGGUCCUGAAGAAACUUCAGGAACACCUUGAAGUGCUGGAACAGGAGUUGCUGGCCUCCAAGGAAAAACAUUUGGGCUUGCAGCAGCAAAUCCACAAGCAUGAAUGCCCAACUGUAGAUGACUUUGAUCCCAACAGAAAAGUGGAAGGUAAAAUCUUCAAGUUGGAGGUGCUACUUGAAGAUGUUAGAGAGAAAAUUGACGAAAGCAAAUGUACUUCAGCACUCUGUCUUCCUGUGAGCUCUCCAAUCUUCCUGGAUGAUUUGGCAUCCACAGCCUCUUCGUCCUCAAAUGAGGAGGACCCCAGCAGCACCCGGGGAAGGCAGAAACGUGCAGAGAUGAUGACAUCCAGUCCAAGCUGUGCCUUCUGCAGCCGGCUCCUUGAAUGGAAGCAAAACAUGGAGAAAAAAGGCCAUAGACAGAUCGACUGUGGAAGGCUUUCAGUUGUCAUUCAUGAAAAGGCACUGCGCCAACGUUCAACUCUCGGUUCCGACACAGAACCCAGGUUCUGUUCUGGUUCUGACACUGGGUGGCAAAGGAACAAAUGCGAGGACUGUGGCAAUAAUAUUCAUAACUACCGAAAAGUCUGCAGUAAAGAACCACUGAACGAAUUUUAUUAUAGAUAUAACACCCCAGGACAGAAUUACUUAAAUCAUAGCAGAAAAGGUGCUUUUGUCCAGUCUUCAGAUGAAAAUAAAAAUUCUUCACCUCUUUGUCCAAAACCAAAACGGAUCUGUUCCCAGAGAGUGAAUUCGAAAUCCUUUCAAGGUGAACAUGAGCCCACACCUGGAAAAAAAAAAAUCUAAAAUCUUAAGACUUUCAUGACCUACAGCUCAGUUGCAAUACCUUUACUCCUUUUUCACUCCUUCAGGAUUCCUGGAAGCAAAUCCUUAUGUGGCUCUGAAGAAACAGAAUCUAAGAUUUUAAACUCGGCUUUGGAUCAUGCCCUAAAGACAGCAACCAUUUUGAAAAAAACUACUGAUCAAAUGAUUAAAGCUAUUGCAGAAGAUCUUGCCAAAGCAGAGAGAUGGAGGAAUCAACUGAAAUACUACUAG